AUGACCUCUAUAAUCGGUUUAGGAACAAGUGAAUGGUCAAACAAGCUUAUUGGGUCUGAUACCGCUACAGAUGAUUGUCUUUCAUUUCUACCCUCUUUUUAUAAUGAUAAAACAAUUAAAGAAUUAAAAUGGAAAGUGAUUAAUCAUGCAUUGAUAUCAGAUGAUGUACCAUUGCUAUAUGACCUUGGAAAAUCCAAAUGUGGAUUUGUAUCUAAUGAAAUACGGCAAAGGAGUUGGCAUAAAGUACUGACCAGUCAGUUAGCGUUACAACCCAGAACCAAUACAGAUGAUCUCAAUGUACCACAUUGUGAUGAGAAUCAGAUAGAACUUGAUGUUAAUAGAUCAUUUGGUUAUAUCUCAAAUGAAGAGAUAAGAAUAUCAAUGAAAAAAAUCUUAAAGGAAGAGAUAGUCCAUUUUUUCAGAUCAUACCCUAAAUUAAGAUAUUAUCAAGGUUAUCAUGAUGUCGUCUCUACAUUUCUCGUAGUAUUUUGUUACGACUCGAAACAUAAAAGUAUCAAGACGAAGCUAUCACAUCAAAUUAAACGUCGACUAUCUGAAUGUAUCCAAAUAUAUUCGUUAUUAUAUCUACGAGACUUUUUAAUGGAUUCCUUAGAUUUCCCAAUUGACCAAAUUGAUAUUAUUCCAUUUUUAAUUAAGAGUAAAGAUAUCACAUUGUAUCAAAAAUUACAAUUAGAUAAAAUCAAACCAUUUUUCGCCAUUGCAUCGAUAUUAACCAUAUUUUCUCAUGAUCUUAAACCUGAUAUCUCAGAUGAUAAUUGUAUCAUAUUUCAAAUAUUUGAUUUAGUGAUUUGUACACAUUCUAUGUACACACCAUUAAUUAUUUAUAGUAAUAUGAUUCUUGCCGUGAAAUCAAACUUAUAUGAGGAAUAUGAUAAAAAUUUGGAAAAUUUUGAGAAUGAAACCGAUUUAGUUCAUGGAAUUAUACAAAAAGUGCUAAUACAAUCAAUGCAAGAUAACACCAUAUCUACUAAAUUAUGGGCUAACGUCUUAACUACUACUCGUACUAGUUAUAUGAUAGCUAAGGAAACACAAAAGAAAAUAUACAAGAUGAUUAAUAAAGCUAGUCCAUUGAGAAACACAGGAAGUGGUAUGCAAUUAGUACGAAUCAUUGAUCAAAAUUAUAUUGGUAAACUUAUUGAUAAAGGGAUCUCAUUGAAUAAAGAAAACCAUAAAAGCUCAAGUGGUAACGAUUUAUUCGAAGAAUGGAAAUAUAGUAAACUCAUUAAAGCAUCACUAGUGAUAGGAGUAUGUUCAUUAGCGUUAGGUGCUUGCGAUCAUAAAAUGCAAUUGUCAUCACAUGUCUUUUCCACACCAAAUUUUGACACUAUCAAGUUCACAGACGUAGCAGGUUUACUAUCGGAAUCCUUUAAGGACAUAAAGAAUAUUAUAUAG